AUGAAUUCAGACGAUCUUACCUGGCAGCUAAUUAGCAAAUCCUUUUGUUCCUAUAUGGUAAAAACCAAAACAGGCAAAUUCUGUCGGAAUGAAGAAAACGUAACUGGAUUAUGUAAUCGUCAUUCAUGCCCCCUCUCAAACUCUCAGUAUGCUACAAUUAAGGAAAAAGAUGGCAUUAUUUAUCUCUAUGUACGAGCAGCUGAGCGUGUUCCGUAUCCUUCCAAACAGUGGGAACGCAUUAAGCUAAAGAAGAACGAAGAGCAAGCCAUCCAACAGAUAAACGAGCAUCUGCGUUACUGGGAUCGCUGGAUUCGUACCCGGGUUAAGCUACGUUAUAUUCGAACCCGCGAUUAUCUCAAGCGCAUGCGACGUCUUGCCCUUGCUCGAAAGAAGAAGAUCGAAACCAUCAAUAAGAAGUCGGAGCGCCGUGAACUGAGACGAGAAGAGAAGGCUCUCCGUGUUGCUAAAUUAUCGCGUACAGUAGAGAAUGAGCUCCUUGAACGAUUGCGUGCAGCCACAUCUUCCAAGGAAGUCUACAAUAUCGAUCAGUCGGCAUUUGAAAAGGCUCUUGAAACUGAAGAGUUGAAUGAAGAAAUUGAAGAGGAAGAUAUUUCAGAAGAUGAAGGUGAAGAAGAAGUUGUCUACACUUCGGGAUCUGAAUUGGAAGAAAGUGAUAUUGAAGAUCUUGGAGUGCCGGAAGACGAGGAAAGUGAACCGGAAUUGGUUACCAUUGGUGCUGGUCCCUCUUCCUCUAAGAGGAGGAAUGUUAAGAUUACUUACGAAAAGGAUGAAGAUUUAUAA